UUGCUCUUGAGGCUCGGGGCCGACUCCACAGUACUACCCUCCACAUCAUCGUCAUCUUGCUGACCCAUCUUAAGGCUUUGAGAUAAGUCACCCACGCUCUCUCUUGCUCUUACACACUCGACCCAAACCCACCAUGGCCACAGCCUCUGCAACUCUCCCUUCCCUAUCCUCUCUUUCCCUUCAUACUACCACGCCUCGCCUCUUUCUCUCCAAACCCACAAAAUUCUUCUUCUCCAAACCUACAAAACUCCAUCUUUUCCACCCCUUUUCGUCACACCCAACCACAACCCUCAUAGCCAAAUCCUCCGACAUCGACACCUCCUUCUUCGAAAACUUCAACCCCAACGAUGAAAACGAUACCGUCUUCAACCCCCCCGAAGCCCCCGAAGGCUUUGUUCCCCCACCGUCCUUCGACGAAGGUCCAAUGGAGACCGAAGAAGAAAUCGCCAUCGCGUACGAAGAACUGUAUGGCCCCGCUUACAGCGGAGUGAGCUAUCUGGGAAAUGACAUUUACGUAAUGGACUCUAAGGUCAGGAAAACAACUGGGUUUGGGUCCAGAGUGAAGAAGGAGAAGGUGAAAGAUGGGUUCGAAGAGAGGGUAGUGCAGGUGAGGAGGGUGACCAAGGUGGUCAAAGGAGGGAAGCAAUUGCAUUUCAGGGCCAUUGUGGUGGUGGGUGACAAGCAGGGUCAAGUGGGUGUUGGGGUUGGGAAGGCCAAAGAGGUUGUUACGGCCGUUCAGAAGUCCGCCGUGAAUGCCAGGCGAAAUAUCGUGUCGGUCCCGAUGACCAAGUACCUUACUUUCCCACAUAGAUCUGAGGGAGAUUAUGGAGCAGCAAAAGUGAUGCUUAGACCUGCUUCUCCUGGUACUGGAGUGAUUGCUGGAGGGGCUGUAAGAAUUGUUCUAGAAAUGGCCGGUGUUGAGAAUGCUUUGGGAAAGCAAAUUGGGAGUAAGAAUGCCCUCAACAAUGCCAGGGCCACAGUUGUUGCGGUACAGAAAAUGAGGCAGUUCAGUGAUGUUGCUCGCGAGCGUGGGAUCCCAAUGGAAGAGUUGUGGAAGUGAUGGCAGUUGUAGAAGCUGUUCUUCUCUGUAGAUUUAAUACCUCAGACUAUGUAAUGCAGCCUUCUUAUAUUGGUAAGGAAGAAAAUUAGUUCAUCUUUGACCAGAAUUUUUAUAGCAAAAUGAAUAUUUCAAUCUUUCUUCUGUUCUUCAUCCUAUCCCAAAUUGGAUGCUAGAGAAAAUGACUGUAGCCUUCUCUUGCUCACGCAUGGUGGGUUAGAGAAUCCAGUACAUUUGUUUUCUAUUCCGCAUGAUCCAAGGCACAAUAUCUAAUGCUUGAAUCAACAGGCCUUUUUUUGUUCA